UCCUUAAACCACGAUGAUGGAACCUGAUACAGGACAUGACAACCCACAUAAUGCAAGCAUAGAUACCUCUGAGAAGAGCUAUACUACUGAACCUAGAUCCCACACAGAUACUGCUGAUGCCUUAGCAAAGAUUGUUCGUCAACGUCCACUAGGAUUUGCUGAUAGACCGGCAUUUAUUCUCUCCAUAAUCAGCAUCGUAUUCGGUGUCCUGUGCAUGGUAAUGGAGAUCAUCAUUUCGUGUUUGACCUCCCUCUGGAAUUCGGGUGGAGGUAUCUGGUGUGGCCUGGUCUUCAUCGGUGUUGGUGUCAUGGGUGUCUUCGCCUGCCGCAACAAACAGCGUUUGCGCAUCAAAAUAUUUAUGGGCCUGACAAUCAUUGCAGUUAUUUUCGCAGCCAUAUUGAUCGGCCUUAGCAUCAAAGGCUUCCGCGUUCACUUCUACUGCAAUCGUAGUUACAUUGAUCCUGACAGAAACCUGAACAUAUGCGAGUGGUACUAUGCUGCCUAUAUUCUUCAUAUCAUUUUAGUCACAUUGGGUGUUUUUGAACUUUUUAUCAUGUUUGCCUGUUGUGCUAUUUGUGUAAUGACAAUCUUCGGUCGUGAGAAGCAGAAGGGGAUGAUAUAUGUCCCUGGUCAUAGUUCAAGAGGGCAACCAGUAAUGAUCGCUAUACCGCCACGGGCAUAGCUAUCCCCUAGCAGCAAGCAAAACAUCGUAACGGCAAUCGUUCACUGCUGUAACACAACCUGAGUAGACCUGAAGUAUUUUUGUGUGAAUUCUAUGUGACUCUUGGAUAAACUCAUGAAGUAACUUCAGCUAGCAAUGUUUCUCUGCAACAUUUUCCAACCUAAUGCAUCCUGUACAUCUCCCUAGAUACUUGUCUAGAUUAUACUUGGUGAAUAGGGGUGAUGUUCUAUGCAGCCAUGCUCACGUGCACAAACUUGCAUAUAUACACUAAGGCCACCAUUUUUUAUUUUGUUGGUUUACAGAAU